AAACAUUAUUCUAACCUGCACACUCUGAUUAAAUCGAUCCCAUUACUAUUGACAAUUCCCUACAUUGGUCAGACGUUUCUUGCCGCUUGCAUCUCAUCGGGGAUGUUCUGUUGAAUCGAACAAGACAGACAGUGUCGCUUGAAAUAAACGUCCUAGCUCAACACCACCACCAGAAGCCCGGGCGCCGCAAGAAGGCCGCCCAUGAGCCGCCCGCGAGCCACCGCUCUCAACAACCCCCCACACAUCUUUCUCCACCGAUUGCUGUAAUGGAGCAGCCAUCACAGAAGCCCGAAACCAAGCGAAAGCACGUCACGACGGCCUGCGUUGCUUGCCGGGAGAGUAAGGUGAAGUGUAAUGGCGCAACGCCGACUUGCUCAAACUGUUUGAGCAAAGGUAAGGAAUGUCGACAACAGGCCAAAGAAGACAAGCGCAAGCUCUCCCUUCGCGUCGCUAUCGAUCUACUUUCCAAAAGAGUCCAGCAGCUCACCCAGUUCGUCAGCGAUCAUGGAUUGGAUAUCCCACCGAUGCCGCUUGACGAUGACAAGACAUUGUCCGGAAUUCUGCGAACUCUUGGGCUACCUCAACCCAUACCUGCCCAGACCAGGCCAGACGGUGAGAAUGGCGCCAUACAAGGAUCUCCGACCACUCAGUGUCCAGACCAGAGGAUUGAACCCCCAGGGGGCGCAGUUGCGCAAGGAUUAAAUAUGCACGAGAUGCCUUCUUCGGAACGCGCCGGGGAAAGUCCGCUCCCGGCAGCAGCGCGAGGCUUACUCGAGCUUGCGAACGCGGCCGGCGAUAUAGGCGGCAUUAUUAAGACCACAGCCAGCUGGGACUGGGACAUGGCGGCUGAAGCUAUGUCACAAGGGCAAAUGGUGCACCCAGACUACAUCCCGGAAGAUACGGCGCUGCAGGGCUUUUCCGGCAAUGUCUCGACCCCCCAGCAGUCUGUCUCAGGCGGAGUGCCGAGCUGUCCUUCGCUAGAGGACGAUGACAUCAGCACCAUCGAAAGCGUCGACGAGCUCGUAGACCAGCUGUCUGAUCGAGUAGGAACGCUUCACAUUAAAGCAGGCGGCCACAUUCGCUUCUACGGAUCGACAUCAAACUUUAACCUCCUAGAGACGCCGGCUUCGGAUGUCAACAUGAACGUCCAUCGGACUAUCCGGAAUGAUGGGACCGAGCUUUUAGAUCGCCUUGGGGUCAACAAGAAGGUUCCGAUCGAUUUAGAAGACCAUCUGAUAAAUCUUUAUUUUACGUGGCAGGACCCGUCGUUUCAUGCCGUCGAUCGCAAGAUGUUCGAUGAGGCGAAAGUCAUAUGGCGUGAUAAAGGGGAAGAUACGGCCUACUACUCGGAAGCUCUAAGGAAUGCCAUUUGCUGUCUAGGAGCAGCCUUCGACGCUCGACACCACCCGGCAUUUGUCACAUUCCCCAGAUCCCUCGCCGAUUUCUUCGCCGAUAGGGCCAAGGCGCUUUUGGAAAUAGAAUUGGACAUGCCCUGUGUCGCUACCAUCCAGACCCUGAUCCUCUUGAGCGCACACGACAUAGGAUGUGGCCGGGAUUCCAAAGGAUGGCUCUUUAGCGGUAUGGCAAUGCGGCUGUCAUUCAACCUGGCGUUGAACCAGGAUCUCAAACCUUACAUCGCGAAAGGCGUAGUAACCGCGGCCGAGGCUGAUCUGCGCCGGAUGGUCUUCUGGGCCGCCUUCGUAGUGGACCAUGUCUGGAGUUUUUACCUAGGCCAGCCAUUCCGAAUGUCAAUGAAAGGCGUUACCCUCGAAAAGGCUGGGGCAAAGGCCUAUCUGGGGUUACCUGGACAGUGGAGCCCAUAUGUGUCCCCGACUAUGACGCAGACUUUUCCCCCUAUGGUCGAUUGUGUAGAAGAAGUCUGUACAUAUCAGGUCCUACUAUUUGAGGCUAUGGCCCCUCUAAGCGAUGCCUUUUACGGCAGCGCGACAACCUCGAAGAGUGCUCUGCAUGAACUCAAUUCUCAGAUCGUGACGAAGCUUCAAGACUGGAAGGAGAAUCUUCCAGUCGAGCUACGCGUGGAUCUUCACAAUCACGAGACUACUUACUUGCCGCACGUCAUCCUGCUUCACAUGCAAUACUACCAAAGCGUCAUCUACGCAUACCGUCCCUGGAUGUCAAAAAGUCAGGUCCAGCCACAGUGGGGUCCCGGCGCCGAUCACGCGCGGAAAAUGUGCAUAGACUCCGCGAGCGCCAUUGCACGCCUUCUGCACUUGUAUGAAGAACGGUACACCUUCCGCAGGAUCAACAUCCAGGCCGUAGCAAUUACCUUCUCUGCCGCGCUGCUGCUCGUCUUCGCCACUGUUAUUCACCACCAGCGGGAAAGAGGAGACGAGAUCUUGGCCGACCUGAGCGUGUGCUUCCGAGCGCUAGAUGAGCUGGCCCCCUCAUGGGACACGGCCAAGCGGGCUCGUGACUUCCUCAUCCGGUUACAGCGGCACUGGGAGCGACGGGCGAGGUCGAACAGUUUAGCCGCCGCGCGUGACGAUGCCGGCUCCAUGAGUUCGGGCUUUUCAGUCUCGAGGAAACGGCCACGGCCGUCCGUCCGACCCAACGAUGAGCCGUCCGUCCGGCCCAACGAUGAGAACAACUGGGCCGACAAUGGCAUGGCGGCGGCCAACUUUGGGAUAGAUAUUGAUUUCGACUGGAUGCUUGCUACAAGUAUGGAGGGGAUGCCAGGGAACUGGGGAAAUGUUUUUUCGGUGCAAUAAGGCCCUAGUAUCCCCCUUUACCGGAGCCGGUGAGCACAUGUGGUUCCCAUCAAUUGUUUUGUUCAGGCAUUAAUUGCAUAGUGCAUAUUACGUAUAAUAACAGUUAGAUAAUAGCAACCACCUAGUUGCCCCUAGACUACAUACAACAGCAAGAGAGCUAUAGUCUCCAUUUAGGCCAUGUAAAUUUCCC